UUUGACAGUUUCAACUUCUUGCAGACUUUCCCGGCGUCCUUCGCUGUGAGUCUUGUGAUUAUAAAGCUAUUUUUCUUGUUUAAUUGUAUUUUUCGGAAUCAUUUGGAGGUGUUUUGCACGUUAAAAUCAUGUCUCUGGACGACCAGUAUAAUAACUUCCUAGAGGAGUUGGAACAAAAGCCGGAUAUUAGCAAAAUUCGCUUCGAUGAGGACGAUCCCAUGAGCGACGUUAACGCGAUAGUAGAAGCUGAAAAUCGCAAACGAAAAAUGGCUAAAAACCCUCUAGCUUUAGCUGGUCAGCAGCGGCGUGAACCGAUGGAUUUGCUAGAGCGAAUGCAACAAGAAGAAAUCGAUGAAGAUCCGACGACGGAGUUGAACCCUAAUGAUCUAAACCAGAGAGUGUUGGUAAUGAAGUCCGGCGAGAUGGACAUUCUGCUGGAACCGGAGAAAGCGUUGGUGUAUACCUGUUUCAACACCGCCUACGACCGGGCUUCGCUUAACCGACCGGACGUGUGGCACCAAAUUAUGGUGCACCAUGAAGGAAAGUUCUCGAAGAAGGAAAUUCUUGACGGUUUGUUCACUCUAAUCAGCACCGACGAUUUUUACCCGGUCGCUUAUCGGCGGCAUGCGAAUAUUGACUUUUUCCUGGUGCGUUUAUGCAGCAAAGCGUUGGUGAAGUUGUUCGAUAAGAAUCUCAAGCUGAACGUGGGUCCAAACGAUGCGGAUCCGUUGAAGCUUACGGUUAAGCUGAACAUCGCUAAAUUUGUGCAGGGUCAAAUUCAGCCGAGUGGAAAAGUUUUCGCGGCGGUGGCUGAGCGCUGUGAAAAUGCGGUGGUUUAUGGUUUUUCAAAUUUGCUUAACUUGGACAACUUCAGGGAUCAUAGCGACUUUGAGGAAUUGUGCGUUUUUCUAGGGAAUCGAGCCCAUCUGGAACUGGUGUGUAGUUCCAUUAACCGUUUGGAUGACGUUCGGGUGAAAGUGAAUGCGAUCAAAUUAACGAACAAUUGCAUUGCGCACAUUUCUCCGCUCGUUGCCAUUAAGGAUUUGCCAAUACAAACGCUGGACUUGCGCUAUAACAGAAUCAAACAUCCAGCUUCGCUGCGACCAAUGCAGGGCUGUGGAAUCAAUGAAUUGUAUAUCGAAGGAAACGGUAUUGUGGAUGUUCCCGGUUAUAUGGACGUUCUGAAGCAGUAUUUUCCGAGUAUAAUUAAAAUUGAUAAUACUUUUAUUGGAGCAACGGCCAGAAAGCAAGCGACCGCCCCGGCUUCUCGUGGUGUCGGUGGAGAUGACGAGGUGGAGCUAACAGCCACCGGCGAGAUGUAUUCAUGCGUUAAUGGAGUUGUCGAAGACGCUAAGAGUUUCAAAAAGUAUAAAUUCAACACCAAAUGGCACCAAGUUGUAAUAGUUCACGAGGGACGCUAUGAAAAAUCGGAAAUUUUGGAAGCCCUGUUUACCCUGCUCGAUGGUUACGAUUUCUAUCCUUGCUACUACAAGACCUAUUCGAAGCAGGACGAGUUUCUGGUCAUUAAUUGCUUCGAGGCACUGUCUUUUCUGGUACAAAGUAAAUUGGUUUUGCGAAUGAAAAAUUCCAACGAGCUGAUUUCGAUCGUGCUCAAGAUGAAUGUUGCCGAUUUUAAGGAGGGCCAAGUAGUGGUCGAUGAAAAGAUCAACUUCAUUUUGCUAGACCGGUUUAACGAUCGCUGCUUGGAUCUUUGCUCUUUGCAGCAGCAUUUGAAUAAAAUAAAAUUUGCUGACGUGUGUGCCAAAAGCACCCGGACCUUAUCGAAAAUUUUGUCCACCGCUGGAAAGAAGUUUGGAAACGUUUGUUUGGUGAUUCGGUUGAGGAACAACGGACUCAAGCACUUGGGAGCAUUGUCAUCGCUGAUCUCGUACCCAAAACUGGUGUCUUUGGAUUUGAGGUACAACGAGAUUGGCAACUUCGAAGACCUGCAGGGUGUGAUGAAGAACCGCAUCAAGGAGGUCUUCCUGGAUCACAACCCGAUAUGCAACACGGCGCCAUCCAGCAUCGAAUACAUUCGCCAGGUGCGGGCCAUCUUCCCGGGGAUUGAGAAACUCGACGGUAUGCCUCUGCUGGAGAAUGGUAAUUUGAAUUUUUCGCAAAAUUUUAUCUGCACACCGGAGGCAUACAAAUUUACGGAAUCGUUCGUGAAGCACUAUUUCACCAUCUACGAUUCGUUCCAACGGUCCAGUUUGAAGGAGCUGUACCACCCGAAGGCACAGUUUUCGAUGACGAGCAAUUUCGCUCAGUCCAAAACACUGGACUCGCAUCAGGUGCGGCUGAAUGCUUACCAGGGCAAGAGUCGCAAUUUGCUUCGGCUGGCAAACAUUGAUCGUGCCAUCAGUAGUUUAGUGGUGGGAAACGAGAGAAUUGCAAAUGUGCUUGUUUCGUUUCCAAAAACCGAACACGAUUUCUUCUCGUUCCGCGUCGAUACGCCCAUCUUUCGGCCGGAGUGUGUGGUAAUAACUGUGCAUGGAGCAUUUAAAGAGAUGGCCAAUUCGCUGCUGAGUGACGAUUUUGUUCUCGGCUUUACGCGCACCUUUUACAUUCAACCGUGCGCAAAGGGGCUGGGAAUCUUCGAAAGGGCAAUUGAGUUCAAAAUUUUUAACGAUCUGUUCCACAUGUAUAAUUUGACGACGUACGGACGGGAAAAUGUUUUCAAGCAUCAUGAUGAAGCGGAUACGACCGACCCCUUCGUACCACACAGCGAGGAGCGUGAAAAUACGGUAAUCGUUUUCCAGGAACUGACACGACUCAAUCGAAAGUGGUGUCUGCGCUGUCUGGAAGAAUCUUCCUGGAAUCUGAAGGUGGCACUGAACAUUUUCUUGAAAUUGUAUGAGGAGGACCGCAUUCCUGACAAUGGAUUCGACGCGUCGCUUGUAUUGAAGCGAUAAGUGAAACUCUUAGUGAAGAGAAUUUAUUUUUAAAUACAUAACGUGCAGUAAGCUUA